CGCUGCCCCGACCACGCCAAAAAGGCCGGACGGCGGCGCGGGAACGUUCGGUGCGCGCCAGCCACGCUUCGGGGCAGGCCGUCAAAGAAACCUAUCGCUGCGAGAGAAGAAGCACGCGCGUGUUGCGUGGUCCCCCCGUUGUCGUUCAAGGCAGCAUAGCACUCCCCGGCAAAACCCCUACAUUCCCAAAGCACCAUCAAAACCCAUCACCAAGAUCCUCGCCGGGUAUCUUUCUCUAAUCCCAGUGAUCCGCAUCGUCUCCGCCGUCAAAAAUCCACGCACAUAUCGGCAAGCCCUCCGCCAACGCACCUCUUCACCGGUCUUGGACAUCCUAGAAGACACACUCUCUAAAAGAGCCGGAGGUUUUUUUGACAAUGGCCUUGGUAAGGAACCUGUUCUUGGCGUUGUCCCUGAUCGUGAUCGGACCUUGGGCAUCAGUGACGGCGGUGAGCGCGGGACUCUCCGAUGCACCGGCCAUCAGGCUCUGCGGAAGACGUCUUGCGGACCUCGUGUGGAUGAUCUGCAUGGACCGAGGCGGCGUACACAGCCACAUGGACCGGCGAGCCUUGAGCACGGUGAGGAGGCCGUUCGUCAUCUACAGGCCCUCUCCGCCGCGGAGGGACGGAGGCGCUCAGGGCGGAGCUGGCGACGAGGACGGUGCCACAUCGGCCGAGGCGGUCGCUACCACAACGGCGCCAGAGCCCGCUGCAAACUCUGCGAGGUACCACAGCUCUCAGGGGCAAUACUCAAAUGGAGGCAUUGUGGAAGAAUGCUGCCGCAAGCCAUGCAGCUUCUCGACACUGGCCAGUUACUGCGCCAGGCCGUCGGAUGGCUCCAGUCUGGACGCCUUUAACCUAGUCGCCUCUUCGGGCUCCUCUUCUUCAGCUUCUGCGUCGUCUUCUUCGGGUUCGUCCGAGAGCGGCAUGCAGCGCGAGCAGCAGGGACCGUCGCCUCUAAUUCAGCGCCCCGAGCCGUCGACGACCACGCCCCCUCGUGUCGUUUCGUCGUCACGACUACAGACGGCACACGAGGUCAACAGGGAACACAACGAGGUCGACAACGCCAGUCCACACAGGCGCCUCGGAGCGGGGUCGCGGCACACAACGGGCCGCGCGCUGCUUCCAAGCAUGCCAUUCCUGACGUCACCGGAGGAUGACACCCCAUUCGCCACUAGGCCGCGCAUCGGCACGUUCAGUCGGCACCGACCGUACUGGUACGUCGUGCAGGCGGCAUUCAACGAAGACGCCGAAGACGAACGCUAGGACGCCUAGGAACGUCUACGGCGGGCUUCGAAUACGGCCGACUCAGAAAAAAAAAACGACCGUGGCAAAUUUCCUGUGGAAAACCUACCUCCCAGCAAAAGGCAUCUCUUGGAGCGCCGCCUUCGUUUGGCCUCCUCCAAAGGACUCGACAGGCUGUCUGCUGCAAUCGUGUGUGUGCACUGCACCCAACUUUCAGUUCCUUGUUUAGUGCCUGUGUCCUUACGCUGAGGUUUCUGCCACUGUCCCAUGCAUGAAACGAGCUUGUAACUGAGUGCAGUGUUCAUGACUAUGGAGCAAGAGCUCAGAGAAGCAAGGACAGUAGCGUGGAGAUGCUCAGGGUGGCCUACCUGGUGGCACAUUGUUGCCCAACUGCUCUGGCAACCUUAAGCAAUGAUUGCUUACAUUCCUGUGCACCAGGUAGCGCCAGUACGCAAUAGGCCCAAAGCAGUCCACGGUAGCUUUGAUCUGAAGAGUCCAGGGAAGACAUAUCCUAGGGUGCCUAGAUGCCAGCGCUUCUUCGUACAGGGUGGUGACAGUGCCACCAUAUUGUGUCGGAGCAUGUAGGAAUGUGCUAAACUAGCGACACCAAACAACAUGACAGCACAACAUGCACACACAUGUGCCUAAGUCCACUGAUCUGGUACAGUAUGGCCACGACGCGGUCAAUGGGUGUCACCACCCUCACGACGGGAGGCGGCACUGCUGCUGACGCAUCCUAAUAUAUGCUUCUUGCACCAUAUGUCAUAUAGGCAGUGUGUGCCUGUACAUUCUAUGAACUCACUCAGGCAAAUAUUACGUCUUCUUUUAGUAUGUUUUACAUUUUGAACAUGUCUGUUGCCAAACUGGCUUACAGGGCUGAAAUGUUUUACGCCAAGACUGAGAAAGGUGACUGAGCAUGUGGGAGUGAAAGGUUCAAAAAAGCAAACUCUUCCCAGUCGACUUCAGUGACGUUGAAUUUAAUUAGCUGCAUUUCAUGGCAAGAUCUCAUACAAUAUGCACCCUGCAUUAUUGAUGUGAUGAGACUGCACUAUAUCGCGACUUACUAUCAUAUAUACAUGGCAUGAUCAUACACAUUUCAACUGUUGCUACCAUGAUUUCCAGAAAUUGCACUGUCCUUCAUUGUUCUACACAUGGGCUGGAACUCAAAUAUCAGUAUGUAAUGAAAAAUAAUUGUGGAUAUAUUGUAACAUUAUUCAUCUGAAAGCACAAAUUAGGAAUCUUGUGCACAAAAUACAACUUGCUGUCAUGUUUAAGUUUCAAAUGCUAUUUCGACAGAAAACUGUCAUGUCAUGCGAUUGCUAGCCAUAGAUAUGCAAAUGAUUAUCUCAAGCGGACAUCAUCAGUAUGCUCUCAGGAAUGUAAAUGUAGACUAAUUCUCAUCAUGUUCAUUUGCAGAAUAUUAUCUUUAUCGUUGCUAAAACAUAACGAAAUGGUUAUGUUACAGACGCAGGUGCCUCUUGAUCUGUAGCUCUGCUAACAAACCUGACACAUUUGAUCUGGCAAAGCUAUCUCGCUGUUCAAAACCUGAACUUUCGGGUGAAAGAGUAAAAACCUGAAAAUGAUGGGCCUUGUAAGAGAUAAUAAACUUUUUUUUAUUGCAGGAUAUCUUCUAAUGUUGAGACACCACAUGAAUUAAUAGUCAUGAAGUAGGUUCCACCAACAGAAACUAAAGGGCAUCCUCAACUGUGUGGCUACCACAGGCUGCAAAAAAUGCUGCUCUUCAGUUUCUGAAGUACAGAUAACUUACGUUCACUCACUGAUCAUGUUUAUCAAUGCCACUUGUGUUUCAGCCCAUGUUCAUACAGUAUGUGGAUUAUCACACAAGUCCAUAACUACUUCGUUUCCAAUGUAUGCCAACUACCACCCACAACUAGGCUUGCUUGAGUGAGUCAUAGCAGUUUAUCAUUUUCCUGUACCGUACGCAUCCCAUGUUAUUUAAGGCUCAUUAGUACAAUGCCAUCGACCAUGCCAUAAGGCUGAAAAAACGACAUGAACUGUGCAAGAUUUGAUUUCAUAUCUUGCUUCAUUUUCCACGUUGCUUGUAGCUGCCCUCUACAUAAAGCUUUUAUUGACUUCUCUGUGUAUCGUCACUGCUUUUGGCACAUGUCCGUGUCAAAUCGGAAAGCAGUCUUUUUAUCUCGCAGACAAGAAAAGCGCGUAAACCGCUCUUGGCCUGCUAUCUAGUCGAGCAGCUUCAGCCGAUAUUCUUUGGGGGAGGCCAACACACCGCUCCCUAUCGUGCCAUCCGAGUUUUAUUUAUUCAGAACUUCUAUCAUGCCAUCACCUCCCCCCGCCCUCCCAUCCAACCAUUCCUCAUUCCCCAGCACAUCUUCCCCUGCUUCGUUAUCACACGCAUUUCGCCGCUGCACAUCUAAACCGGCAUGAUGAUGUACAUAUAGAACAAUGACUCGACAUGAUCUCGCUGUAAGGCCCAUACUUAUUGUGAAGACAAUUGGAAGCCUGCCUCGGCAAGUGACUGUGUGUUGUUGAAAGUGAUUUGACUUAUGCUCACGCCAUACAUGUGUGCUGGGUUGGCUAUCGUUGAACACUCUGAGAGUCUGGGAGCAAACAUCUACUUAUUCAAAAUGGCGACAGCCUUAGCGUAUUGGGUAGACCAGUUGUUUAUGAAGUGGCAGAUACGGGUAUCUGGAAAGGAAAACGGAUGUAAACGCUAUCGUCCACCAUUCUUGGCUCGUGUUUCUCUCUUCUGUGCUAUACAAAUGGAACAUGCAUCACCGACAAGUCUAUGUUGAUCAGUUUUCUGCACUCAAGGCAUCUGAAGAUGGGAGCCGUUUUGAGCGAACAGCACUUCACAAGCAAUUGAACUUACUCUUACGUGCCAUACCAUCGCACGUGACCUGUGUUGUCCAUCAAAUGUAGAGGGUGCAAUACCACCACCAGAAAUUCACUAUAAAGCGAACUAGAGAGAACAAAAAGCAUGGCCUGUCACGUGAGUGCAAUGCAUUCCCUUUCCUCUGGAUAUUGCUAGAAAGCAGGGGAGACAAGCUGCUUACAGAUGCUAGCAAAUGCAAAGAUCGGAUUUGGCCUUUGGAUGGUCGGCUUUGGAAGUGAAGCUAGCUUCAUGGAGGCAUCGUAACAGGACAGGCUUGAUUUCUUCUGUCUCGUUCAAUAAUGAAACAAACCAACAAAUUAUUUUGAUUAAGCACUGUCUAAGCGGCACCUCACAACUUCCAAUGUGUGACCACUCUAUCAAACUAUUCUGUAUCAUUGUUACGUAAAUUUACCAUAUGUUGUCUGUAAGAUUGUUAAGAAGUUUAAUGAAAUUUAUAUCAAAUCCACAUAUUGUCCGUAAGUUUAUACGGAGAUCAUAUGGAUUUCUAGGAAUCGCAUACGGAACAUUUCAAUAGCUCUGUCGUGAGGCCCGGUGAAGGAGCCCUUUAAAUACGGGGGUGCUCCAUCAUCCGCUGUGCGGUGCUGCUACUGCUAUCCACGUGGUGCAUACUUGUUUGCAAUGUUUGCUUUCGUCUCGGAGUGGCUUGCACAGUGAGAUAAUGUCGUUGUGCGAAAGUACGCUUCGUAAGAAGCAAGGCCCCGUGCCAACUUAAUUAUCUCGUCUACUGCCUCCUGUCCUAGAGUAAAAAAAAAAAAAAAACCUGCCCAGAUAUGCCAGAUUUUUUUGUUGAUGUGCACGCUAUGUAUAAAGUGAUUCUGUUGUAAAAUAAAACAUCUUGUUUCGCA